CUCUCUCUCUCUCUCACUGACUUAUCCCAUGCUCACUCACUUUUUCAGUCAGACAGUGAGGAAACGGUGUGCAGUGCAUCCCCAGGCUGAUUGCAUGAAGGACUAGAGGGGAUCACAAUCAUCAAGCAGUGAGGCAGAGAACAGAUUACCAGCAAGGGAGAGAGAAAUAACCCCCUCAUAAAAACAAAAGAAACAGGAGCAGUUGUGAGGACGCUCACUGUAAAAAGGAGGGGGCGUUGAUCACAUACACACUCUCACACCCUUGUCUCUCCCGUCCUCUCCCUCUCCCGCUCCCUCUCUCUCUCUCUUUCUCUCCGUCUGUGUGCUUUUCCCCACUCUCAUGCAGCUGCUCUAGUGAGCAGUUCGGCGCGCUCGGCUCGGCUGGAUGGAGGCACAGGGAGGGGCGGGAAGCCCAGAGCCCAACAAAGACAUCCAGAAACUGCUGAAGCCUUCCAGCUCAGGGGACCUGUCCAAAGAGCCAUCCCAGCAUCCCGCGGGGGAGGAGGAGGGAUGCCUCCUCGGGCACAACUCAAGCCUUCUGCAUAUCACCGAGAGAAGACAGCCACUUAGCAGUGUGUCCUCGCUGGAGGUGCACUUUGACCUCCUGGACCUAACCGAGCUCACAGACAUGUCUGACCAGGAGCUCGCUGAGGUGUUCGCCGACUCUGAUGAGGAGAACCACAACGAGUGUCUAGCAAGUCACCAUCACCCCCCUCUACACCGCGGAGGCUACAUGCGCUCCCCCUCCUGGACGCGCUGCAGCAAGGGGGAGCAGACGCGCGAGAGGAAGCACCACAGCGACUCCGACAGCACUGAGCCCUACCUGAAGAUGGAGCGACCCAAGCAUCCCUGACAGGUCUUGACAGGCCCGGAAGAUGAGCGGGCGCAGAGCCAGAACCUCGGAGUUCCAGAGCAGAUGCCCGUUUCCGGAGGGGAAAGAGAAAAAAGAGAUCAAACAAUGGUGCUAGAGACACAAGACUGUGGUUAUCUUGCUGUGCACUUGUAACGUAAAAAAAAAAAAAAAAAACAUUAACAAAGGAAGCAAGUGUGGGUGAACUAUAACACAUGGAGAGAUCCACAUGCAUACAUCAAUGAAACGGCAUACUUACAUCACUAUGUGUUCACAUUCUCAUAUUUACUUGGCUUUCUGCGUGAGAGGUGUUGCUCAAAGAAUCUGGUGAGGUCUGCAGUUCCUAAGGCAGGAAAACGGUGAUUGAUACUGGCCAUCAUGUACAGCAGACAGAGUGCAUUCUGUGUUGUCCAUCAUUCAUCCACUGUAUGAUGACCUGGGAGGCCUUUAAUUGGGCUUUGCCAGAAAAGUUGAAACGUGCCAUGGCAACUGACAGGAAGUAUAUUUUUAAAGUGUAUGGUUAUAAUGUAAUGUGAUGCCUUUUAAACUAGCAGGACCAUCUUCAAAUCGUAUGCGCACAUUAUAAACACACCACUGUGCAUUGUGCAGCAUUCCCUUCUGUUAGCAUUUGCCAGUUGAAGUAACAUAAUGGAAUGGUGUGGCCA